AAAAUACGUGAUCAAUACCAAAAACGGAUUAAAAAAAGUGCAAAAGAAUUGAUACCACAUAUCAGAGGAAAAUACAAAAAAAAAAAAACAAAAAAAGAGAGCAGCAGCAAUACUCGUUUAACAAAUACGAGCAAGUGAGAUAAACAAAAGAAAAUAAUACAAUAACAAAAACACAGAAAGAUCCCCCUUUUUUCCAACCAAACAACUAAAGGCUCCACUUAUUCUCAUUUUAUUAUCUCUCUGAUCACUCGCCUCUCACUCAGAACAAGAAUAGCGGUUUAAAAGAAAAUUAAGAAAACAAACAAAUUAAUAAUAAAUAACUUUAAAAAAAAAUAAUAAAUUUUAAUAAUAAAAUUUAACAAAAAUAAACAAAAUAAAUAAUAAACAAAACAAAAAACGGUUGCCGCCUUAACAAUAGCGGCCAGCCAGUUAUAGUUUUUUUUUAAUCACAUUAUAACAAUAUUUAUUGGGGCAACAGAUUUGUUACGUACCCCCAAGGAAAGCAUUUUUAUAUAUAAUAAACGUAAUCAAUCAAAGCCAUCAUCAUAAUUAUUAUCAACAUCAUAAUCAACAGCCACAAUAUUCUAAAACUUCAAGAUGACAUCUUUAGAUAUACGCAAUAAUUCGGCCGUUAUGAAACGUGCCGAACAACUUAAACGUUGGGAAGAAUCGGAUACAAAUCAACAACCUCCUGUGCCACGACCCGAACGUGGUAGUCGCAUUAAAUUCUCAUCGGGUUGUAUAUUUUUGGCCGCCUGUUUGGCUGGCGAUAAAGAAGAAGUUCUAAAGAUGCUGGAACAAGGUGCCGACAUAAAUACCGCCAAUGUUGAUGGUUUAACCGCUCUGCAUCAGGCCUGCAUCGAUGACAAUUUAGAAAUGGUUGAAUUUCUAGUAGAACAAGGAGCCGAUAUAAACAGACAAGAUAAUGAAGGUUGGACACCCCUGCACGCUACAGCCUCAUGUGGUUUUGUAAGCAUAGCACGUUAUUUAGUUGAACAUGGUGCCGAUGUUGCUGCCGUCAAUAGUGAUGGCGAUUUAGCCGUGGACUUGGCUGUCGACAUCCAACAUUUGCCCAUGAUUGAUUUCAUGCAAAAAAUGGUGUCCGAACAACAAAUUGAUUGUGCUAAAGCCCGUCAAGCCGAAGAACAACAAAUGUUGAGCGAUGCCAAAAAAUGGUUGCGUAGCGAUGCCUCUGAAGUUGAUCGACCACAUCCAAAAACAGGUGCAACAGCGCUGCAUGUGGCAGCAGCUAAAGGUUAUACAAAGGUUUUAAGUUUAUUGCUCGCGGGUCGUGCUAAUGUUGAUGCUAAAGAUAAUGAUGGCUGGACACCACUGCAUGCGGCAGCACAUUGGGGACAAAAAGAAUCCGCAGAAAUGCUAUUAGACGCCAUGGCCGAUAUGGAUGUAACAAACUAUGCCGGACAAACCUGCAUAGAUGUAGCAGAUCGUAAAAUGGUUAAAUUCCUUGAAGAAUAUAGAGCAAGUAACAAACGUAUGAAACGAAGGCCAUCUAGUCAAAUCAGAAUCUCAGAUACAAUUGAAAAUCAUAUCGAUAAAACAAACACUAAAAUUAUACGUGUUGAAGUGCGACCAGAAAAUAACAAGGAUCAUGUCAAUGCUUCUACGUCUAUGGCCUCUACUUCGGGCCUAACGUCCAGUAGUUUACCAACUAAUUCGGAAUCCGAAGAAACUGAUUCAGAUUUAACCGAUUCCACAGAGAGUUCGCAUUCAACCAGCCUUUCUGAUCGUGAAGAUGAUAAAUCAUCUAUGCAGAAAACUACAAAUGAAACACCCGCCACAGAAGAUGAGGCGCCAUGGCGACGUAAUAAUGUCACACGUGUGCGUUCUACCAAUGAAAGUCCAAUUAAAAAUCAAGUUCCUGAUAAUGAAGUUAGCAAAACAAAUAAUGCCACCACAGAGACAGAUGUUAUUUUAAGACGAACUCAAAGCUUUGAGAAUGAUGAAAAAUUCUAUCAAAAAUAUAAUGAAUUGCGAGCACGUAUUAAAGCUAAUUCAUGCCCCAUAAUACCGGCUACACUGCAACAGCAUCAGCAACAACAACAGCAACAAAAUCAUCAACAGCAACAACAACAACAGCAAAAUAAUAAUAAUAAUGUUAACAACAAUAACAAUAAUAACAAUACUACUAUAUUAAGUAAUAGUACAAUAACUGGUGGUAGUAGUAGUUGUUUGAAAAACUCUACAGGAUCUGCUACAACAACAUCAACCGCUACUACAACAAUUUCCUCUACACCCACUACUACUAAUAACAGUCUACUUACACCAUUAUUACCACCACAAUCGCCAUUAUUAGCAACACCAACAUCACCUGCCACAACAAAUACAUUGGACCCUACCACAACAAAUUCACCCAAUUCAACUUCUACUGCUACCACCACCACCACCAACUCCUCUUCUUCCUCCAUCAAUAUCACAAAUAUCAUAAAUCCAAAUUAUACUGUACAAAGAUCGGCUUCACUUAAAGAUCAUAAACAAAUAUUUAUCAGGAAAUCACCACCCAUAAGCCCCUCAGUGACAUCUUCACCUGCUACAGCUGCCACUACAACGAAUACAUCAAGUCCUGCUGCUGUAACCACUCCCAUCAGAAGCAGCACUCCCACAACUUCUACUACUACUUCUUCUACUCAAUCAAAAACCACCACUCAAGUGGCUAAAAGUAGCACACAAAUUAAGGAUAAUAACGCUACACCAAACAAUAAACAAAAUCAGAAUUCAAAUAAAAAUAAUAAUCAAAGUACAACUAUUAGUACUAAUAACAAUAAUAACAAUAAUGGUUCAGCUACCGUUGAACCGGUUAAAAAACAAUCUACUGGAAAUAUAUUUAAAAAUUUCUUCAAGUCCUUCGUACCACCGGUACGUGACGAAGAAAGUGAAACACAACGUAAGGCACACGCUAAACGUGUACGUGAAACGAGACGUUCAACACAGGGUGUAACCCUCGAUGAAAUCAAGAGUGCCGAAGAAUUGGUGAAAAAGAAAAAUUCCACCAUGAACAAUAACAACAAUAACAAUAGCAGCAGUAAUGAAAUGCAAGCAAAUGUUACAAAUGAAACGACAACAACAACAACAACAUCAAUUACCACUCCAAUAACAGCAAAAAUAGAACAAGAUUUAAGCAAAGAACAAGAACAAAAACAGUAUCAGCUGCAAAAAACAGAAGGAACAGAUGAAAUUGAUAUGGAAAAGGAUAAAGAAACGAAAACAAGUAAAACGAAAGAAAUAAAUAGCGAACAAACUGAAGAUGAAGAAGAAGAAGAUAUAACGGCAUCAUUUACCAUAAUAGCACCCAGUUCGGCAACAAAAGCAAGACCAUCAUCGUUAAUUGUUACUGCCACCAGCUCAACUUCCAAAGAGUUGACACAUAAUGAUGAGGAAGUUAGUGCCACAUUUGUAAUGCCACAACGUAAAGAAUCUCGAACACCUACACCAACUACUGAAAAUGUAGAAACUACUUUGGUGGUUAAACCGUUAUUAAAGGACAACUCACCCACUAGAGAUGUGGUGGAUAAGAAAAUGAAUAAAUUUCUGCAAGAAGAAGAGGAAGAAGAUGGAAAUGAGAAAUAUUCAAAAUCAUCAACGCACAAUAAGGAGAAUGAAAAUCAUGAAAAUAAAAAGACUGAACCACCGCCUCUGCCAGAUGUGGAAUUAAUGGAGUCCAACGCCAAUAAAAUAACACCUACACAACGUGCCCAAUCAAGCGAACGCAUACGAACGGCUUUCUUUAAUCCUUUGCCUUUGGUCACACAAAAUACCACCCCAACCACAAACACAAAUGUCAAUUCCAAUUCAGCAACCAACUCUUCGAAUACCACACCAACCCUCGAUAGUCCAGUACGCUUGCGGGACAAGCGUUCGCUUUUCGAUCUUGACAAUGCCAGUUCUCAAACUUUGGCCGAUAAACUACGUACAGAAGCGAAUAAAUAUUGUUAUGAUGAAAAACGUUGUGGUAUGUUUGCAGCCGAAACCUCUGCUUUACAUGACAGCAGUCUAGAACGUGAUACUUCCUGCUCACCCUUAUUAGGAGGAUUGGGGGGUGCUGGCAGUUCUAUUGGAUCGGCUAAUACAACAUCUUAUAAUUACAAUACACGUCGUAGUUUGGAUUCAUCUUCUUUGCCAAAUUCUCCUUUACACACACGCGAUAGAGAGGCGGCUGGUAGUGAUACUUCUUCCACAACUUCAACAAUAACAAGUGUUGGUGCUGCUGGUACUGGUACUGGUGGGUCCGUUGGAAGUGGCGGUGUUGGUGGUAGUUUUAAUAAUAUUUUAGCAGCAGAUCGCAGACCAUCAUGGCGUUUGAAAUUUGAUUCUGGUUCUAAGUUUAAACUGGAAGAUGCUACCAGCGGAAAUACAUAUCCACCGAAUAAUAGCACUAUAAUACCAAGUGCUCCAGCUGUUAUAGCUGCUGCUAAUUCCAUGUCACAGCGAAGAGUUAACAGCUCUAAUAUUUCUUCUUCCAAUCAAUCGUUGAAUUCAAUUGGUCGACCAGUCUCGGCACCACCGACUAGUAAUUUAAGCAAUAAUAGUACUACUACAGCUAGUUCUAACACCUCCAACACUAGUUCCAGCAGCCACUCUAACAACGAUGAUAAACUCAAUGACAAUAGUUCCAGCAGUAGUAGUUUCAGUUCAUAUCCAUCACGUCGCUCUACUACUACAGCCACAUCGACUACAUCGUUAACACCCGAUUCGCAAACAACUGGUACAAGCACUUCGAAUACGGUUAACACCUCAACAACAAAUCUUCACAGCAGCAAUAAUGAUGAUAAAGAUAAUGACAAGGAAAAUGAUAAUCGCAGUGCUUUAGCUACACAGGCUGUUAUUCAGCGAAGAAGGAAACCAAAACGUCGCUCAACUGGUGUUGUACAUAUCGAUAUGGAUAUUACUACCAAAGAGCGUUACACAAUGUCUUUUCGUUCACGCUCACGUCCUACCCAGCCUUUGGCUUCACGUAGACGUUCUCUAUCGAGUUCGCGCGCCCAAAGUUCAGGGGCUUAUAAUUACAAUGGCACUUCCUACAAUACGGGUUCUACAAAUGGUUAUGGCUCCAGCAGUUCAAGACCCUUAAGUACUGGCUAUUAUCCCAAUAAUACGGGUUCUUCGUCCUCAUAUUAUCAGAGUCCUUAUAAUAGUGUUUAUUCGUCAAGAGAUAAUCUUUAUGGUGCUGGAUCUUCGUCACGUAAUAGCUCGGGCAAUAGUUAUUAUAGUAAUGGUAAUAAAUCAGCUUCAUCCUUAUCAUCAACAUCAUCGAAUUAUCGUCAUCAUGAAUAUAUGGCUGCUUGCUCUAAGGAGAGUAAUAAUACUACUAGUAAUGCUGCCUCUGCUGCUGCUGCUACUACUUCUACUACCACCAAUAAAUAUCAAAAUUCAUCAUCAUUGACAAAUCAUCAACAAAUCCAUCAUCAUUCGAUAACCAUCUCCUUAACGCCCCCUACCAACAACAAUCACAGCAGCAACAAUUAUUCAAGUUCCUAUAAAAACUCCAGUAAUAAUUAUAAUACCAGUCCUUUGAAAUCCUUUAAAUCCUAUACGCGUUCACCACAUGCUUCCUCACCCUUAGCCAAUUCAUCGUCGAAAUCUUCAUCACCAUUAUCUACAUCUUCAUCAUCAACUUCUUAUGCUUCUAAAGCUUCGGGCAUUCAUUCUACUACUAGCGCAAACAGCACCAGCACCUCGGGUUAUGAAAGCAAUAGCAAAUAUCAAACAUCAUCCAACAAUACCCUUUCCUCCUCUACUUUAGCUUCGAACGGUUAUGAUGCCACCUCACGUUACACCUCCAGUCCCUAUAGCAGUGAUCGUUACAUCAGUCCCUAUACAUCGUCAUAUGAUAAAGGUAUAACCACGGCCUCGCUCAGUUUCAAUAUGGGUCCAUCUUCGACCGCUUCAAAGGGUUCAAAUUCUUAUCUGAAUAAAUCUUCAGUGAAUGCCUCCUCUAGAUCUCUAAAUAAAAUACAAUCAUUAUCUAACUCGAAUAGCAGUUUAAAUGCCUAUCCCUCAACGUCUAGCAGUAAUGGUGCUAGUUCAGCAAAUGCUGCUGCUAUGGCCGCCAUUGUAUCGCGUAGCAGUUCGUUAAGAGAACAGGAGCGUAAGUCACGAACACGUUCACGUUCUCGUACGGCAGCUCAGCGUUCGCUUAGUGCUUCGUCGGAGAAAAGUGAAGGUUAUGAAAGUGGUAGCGAAACACGUCCCACUCGUUCCCGAGUUGGCAGCACAGCUAGCACUGUUUCGGUAUCUACAUCCACCUCGGCCACAGACGAUAAGAAAACACGUGAUAAAUCGGAAAACAGUGGUGAUAAUAUUGAUUAUAAGGCUCUAUGGGAAGCUGUAAAAUUGGAAAAUGAUAAACUUAAACAACAAUUAAAGAAAAAAGAUGAUGAAGUUGUACAAACUAGAGCCACCCUCGAAAGAUUUGCUAAUGCUACCACUAAAAAUUCUCUGUCAGAGAUUGAAAAGCGCGAAAGAAGAGCUAUGGAACGAAAACUUUCCGAAUUGGAAGAAGAGCUUAAGCUACUGCAGAAGCUAAAGAAUGAGAAUGAACGUUUACGUGCUGAAAAUCGUGCUCUUACGCGUGUUGUCUCUAAGUUGACCUCGUCAGCCCAGAGUCAAUUAUCGAAAUCAAAACAAUAAAAAAAUAUUAAAUGAAAAAAAAAUGAAAUACAAAAUCAAAAAAACUAUAUACUCUAUAUUACAUAAUAGUUUUAGGAAAUAUUCAAAAAAUACUUAAAAUUAUAUUAAGAAAAAGGAACAAAAUUUAAAAAUGCUUACAAUAAUACUUAAUACUUAUAUACACUUUUUACUUGGACCUUUUCACUCCCAAAAGUAGUUAAAAUUAAUUUUAGUCAAAAACUAAAUAUAUUUAUAUUUUCCUUUUUAAAACUUUA